GUCUAAAUGUGUUCGAUAGCGAUGCCGGCCGAAUUAAUUCUACACAGCCCUCCGGUGUACAGCUCCCUGUUGUACGGCCCCUAUAUGGUCACGGCACCCACGAUCACCAGCCGAUCGGUGCCGCCUAGAAUCAGGCCGUGUCUCUCUACGGGAUCCUUGUCACUGGACUCGCUGCGGAACAACGAUGGCAAACAGAAGAAACGGGUGGUGUUCGCCGAUGAUCGCGGGCGCCCUCUCACACAGGUUCGCGUUAUGUCGGAACCGAGCAACGUACCACCACUGUGGAGCACGGCCUACGUGGCGGGCUUGACCGGAGGUCUGCUCGGCAUAUCGAAGGAUCAAAGUCAGGAAGCGACGCAGGAUAACACGCCGCCGUGGCAAGUGACCUUUCCGCAGCCGGCGAGCGACUAUCUCGCCUUCCGGCGUAAGCUCGAUCAGGACAACGUCAGUCUGGAGAACGUAAUUGUGCGCGAGUCCGAGCAGUGUCUGGUGGGCACGGUGAAGGUGCGAAAUCUGGCCUUCGACAAGGAGAUCGUGGUGAGGGCCAGCAGCGACAACUGGUCCACCCACGAGGACGUGCACUGCACGUACGUGGCGCAACCGGGAUCGCCGGGUUCCCUCAUCCUGUACGACACCUUCCGUUUCCGGCUCACCUUGCCGGUGGCGUCGGACGUCAUCGAGUUCUGCGUGAGAUAUCGCACCGAAGGCAAGGAGUCGUGGGACAACAACGAGGGCAAAAACUAUCUGAUUCGCAAAAAACAAGAGCCCCGACCGGCCGUACGAUAUGACAACAUCCAGACAGCGAAAUGCAACGGGCUCUCCAACGGCAACGAGACGAGGGACAGCAUGCCGCAGAACGCGGAUGCCACCAGAUUGAACAUGCGUACCUGGAGCGAGUUCGCGUCCUGGCAGCAUCUGGCCAACGACGCGCCUUACUGGUGAAUCAACCAGUGAGGAGGUCAUGUUCCCUCGUCUCGAUAUCGAAAUCAUGUACGAAGCUGUACAAACUUCUCCAGUUUUCUCACCUCGGCGACUCCGCCGAGACGAAGAUCACGCGGGAUCACGAGUCGUCAGGGAACGUAGAAACGGAGGGAGGAAUAAACGCGAGGACGUGAAGAGAGAAGCUGUGCGACGAUCCGAAUUGAGAACGAGGAAACAAGAAGCGCGCGUGCGGGAGAAAAACAAUCGGAGGGUGAUAGCGCGGACGGCGAAGCUGGACGACGUCGAGCGUCGGAUAACGCAAUCUGCACGGUUUCAGCAUCCGCGACAUCGUACAACCGGUUACCGGUUUAUCGAGAACAUCCAGGGUCUGAUGCCUCCAGCUGUAACGCCAUGCAGUAGCCCCGCUCGCCAGCGCGAACAUCAUCGCCGCACGUUAUCUUCUCGAACGUCCUCUUCUUCCUCCUCCGCUUCCUCAUUCCUGAGACUUUUGGCCUGCCUGCGGACAUAAAGAGUCCGCCGGGAUUGAGCUUUCAUCCUCGAUCCAAAUCUCGCUGGUCUCGUCAUAUCGGCCAAUGUUAUAGUUCUGUAAGCUUUAUCCAUUUCUUCCUUUGUACGCUUCUUCCUCUGUUUUCUUCUUUUUCUUUCUCUCUCUAUCUUCCAUUUCUUCCUCUCCGACACUCUCAAAACGAUCCUUUCUGCGAAGCACAGAUUGUCGACCGAGCGUGUCAAUUAUUUUUUACGAGCAUAACGGGGAAGACAGGAGACGCGCAUGGGUCUCGUGAGGUCUCAGUGUAUUUAGCUAAUAGUUGUGAGAUUAUUGCGUGAAAUUGCAUCGCGAUGUGCCUUAGGGUGCCUUAAAGAAUUAUAAAGAUUUGUCUCGUAGUGCCCAGUGGGUACAUCUCGCCGCUCAGGCAACGUAAAACGUGAUCUUUACGAGCGUAUAUUUACACGUCUUUUGUGCCUAUUAUUGCGUUAUUUGGGCAACGCUAUCAUCGUCACCGAGUUGUUGAAAAGUUAUGUCAUUGAUUAAUAACUGCGAGAAAUAUUUACGGUAGAAGGCUGGUAGUACCGUUCGUAGUCGAAUCGGUGUAAACGUUAUCAGCGGAAAACGAUGAAAUGAUAACUGUUAACGGCAGGUUUAUAUUCUAACCGGUGCUAUAUUCGUGCCGUUUCCUUUAUAGUUCCUUCUUCGGCGCGUGCCGCGAUUAAAAGAAAAAAAAAUAGCUUCGCACGAAAUUUCGGCGGUCACUGCCGCGUUGUUAGAACAUCCGAAUCGAGAAAAUAAACGAUACUAGAUACAUAUCUUGUGAAAUGUUAAACUACUAAUCUAAAGUGCAACUACAUAUCUGUACUUUAUUGCCUUUGGCUUUCACUUCUCAAAGAUUUUUAUUUAACGAAGAUUUAUAUCUUAUAUAUAUGUAUAUACAGAGUUAGGCGUAUACGCGAUAUAUGUAUGUACACACGCAAUUUUGCGAACCACUUGCUUGCUUGAAUCGACACGUUUAAGCGAGUAGGACUUAAAAAUAAAUAGAACAAACGAAUGAAGCGCGAUAAGAGCGAAAGAGCUGAUCGGCGAGCAGCUCGAUUACGUUACGAAUGGACGCUGAAACAGCAUUUACUAUCGAUUCGUGAAUACCUACAAAAAAAAGGAACGUAUGAGAAAUAUGUCUACGAGUUCAAUUAUCAUAUGUUUGAUAUUUUUCUCUGAUGUGAAUGUAAAGAAUGAAGGCUUGAGCAGAGUGUUUUGAUUGUUAAAACAUUCAUCAGUCUUGUUCAGGUAUUCACGAAUUAGUGAUAAGUGCUAUUGCAACGACUCGCACACGAAAUAGCAACGGCGGAGUGAAGUAUGAAUGCUUGCAAAGGCACGAAUCUUUCAGACGUGAUACUUUCUGGCGCCAAGCCUCUCUUGCAGAACCAAUUCUUAUCUCGUAUCUGGUAGGCCAUUCUACGUAUGGAGUGCCGAGGGUCGUUUCUUUGAAGUCACUUCUGACUCUCUUCCAUCACGUUCAAAGCGCUGCCACUUCUAUGCGCCUGUGCUCCUUCAAGCCUCUCGUUUGAAAUGAAAUGCAUGUCUCUCUAGCUAGAAGUGUGGCUGGCGCGCACGGAAAUACAAUGCCACCCGCGUUGUUAAACGAAAGCAACAUUCGAAUGCUCGGCGGUCUGAGUUUUGCUUUCAGGUAAUGAGAGGGCAACCGGAGGCGGCAGUGCUUUCGCGGUGAAUGAGAGAGUGCUUUGAGUCGCAGAAUUGCUGGAAAGAAAAUGUCGGCAUGACUGCGAGAGACGGCACGACUCCAUCCGGUGAUUUGCAGACGCCACUCUACGCGUUCUGCAUCGGGCUUUGAUAGCAACAUCGUAAAUGGAACUGCUUUCUCUGCUCGUAGGGAUUCUUUGCAGUUCUAUUCUUUAAAGUGGAUAACGAUUGAUAUUCCACUUUCGCGUUACGCUUUCUCAGCGAGAUAGUUUUUAAUCUUUCGAUGAACGAACUCAUAUAUUAUUUCCACUACUUCUCUUUCCUAUUAUUCUCUUUGAUUUCCCUUUCGUUCUUCUUUCUUCUUUUUGCACUUCGAUGUAGCUAUCUAGAAUUAAAAUAAGCUUGCAAAUAGAUGUGCCGGAAAUACGUGGGGAUGAUUGAUAGUUCUGUCGUGAAGAAGCCAGUUUAUGCACCGGUACUGCUGCUCCAGAUCGAGUUCGUGUCCAUUCAUCGAAUAUCAGUCGCUAAUCAAUAUAACGAGACCUUUGCGUUUGCGUGUGUAUGUACAUUUACAUGUAAUUUCCUUUCGAGAGCCGUAAGACUGAUAAUUUAAAUCACGUACAUAAUGUAAAUAUAAUAUACGUACACAUAUUAAGGAUUUUAAUUGCAUCUCGAUGGAAGUUUUAAGCAUCUCUUAUCUUUAUCUUACUGGACGAUUACCGAGAUAUUUCUUCUAAUAAGCAGAUCACGUCUCUGUAGACUUUUUUAUCGCGUUACAAGUCCUCGUUCUCUUUUCUGUAUUCCUACUUGCCAUUAAUAUAUUUAAUAAUUUUAUGUGUAUAUCUCUCCCAUUAUAUACUGGACAUACUAUAACACUUGUUAAAGUUAAUGUUAUGGCGCGCCUUACGUUGUUUAUUACCUUCUUUUAUCCGACAGUGUGGGUUGAAUAUUAUUCUAUUUUUACAGAGCGUAUAUUAGUCAUUACAUAUUGUAUACAUUUUAUCAUUGUUGGUUGUUAUUAAUUACGAUAUACUCCUUGUGUAAAAAUACAUAAGUUGCAGAUGUUCAUUACACUGAAUCGUACGUAUAUACAUACAUUUGGGUACCGCAUUGUAAAUACCAAUGAAUAAUUAUCUCUUUUGCAAUAAAAUAAGUUACAGUAAUAA